CGAUUACGGGAGAGCAGGCUAAACUGGAGAGGCGCUGGCUGGGGCGCGCACGCGCACGCACGCACGCACGCUCGCACGCCGGCGGCCGGCGGGGCGGCAGGCUCGCGCCCGGGCUCGCCCCGCGCCGCGCCAGAGGCUCGCGCACUCAGCAGGUUGGGCUGCGGCGGCGGCAGCUGUGGGAGCUGAGGCGCUGCGCGUGAGAGGUCCCAGACGCGUCUGCGGCUCCGGCUCCGCCACGCUCCGCCUUUCUCAGCCCAGUCUCCCUGCCGGGUGCUGAGAAGGGAACGGUGCUAGCCUUGGGGACCCCAAGCACACCCCUGGCUGCUUCCGACACCACCGUCCUUCUCUUCCCAUCCGCGGGCCUCGCUCGGUGCUAGGCGAUUCGCGAGGAGGCGGCGGCGACGGCGACGGCUGCCGGUCUGUGGAGAGGAGUCCUGCCCUCCCUCCUUGCUCCGCCGCCGGGCCCUGCAGGGGCCGAGAGAGCUCGGCGCCAGCCCUUCCUCUCGCCUUUUUCGUCACCCGGUCGGAGCCGCGUCGGUCCGGGAGGUCUCUGGGCUGAGGCGGCGGCACCUCCUCCGGCUCCACCAUGUCCGCGGGCGGAGACUUCGGGAAUCCGCUGAGGAAAUUCAAGCUGGUGUUCCUGGGGGAGCAGAGCGUUGGAAAGACAUCUUUGAUCACCAGAUUCAUGUAUGACAGUUUCGACAACACCUAUCAGGCAACAAUUGGUAUUGACUUUUUAUCAAAAACAAUGUAUUUGGAGGAUCGAACAAUCAGGCUGCAGCUGUGGGAUACUGCGGGUCAGGAACGUUUCCGUAGCCUCAUUCCCAGUUACAUCCGUGAUUCUGCUGCAGCCGUAGUAGUUUACGAUAUCACAAAUGUUAACUCAUUCCAGCAAACUACGAAAUGGAUUGAUGAUGUCAGAACAGAAAGAGGAAGUGAUGUUAUCAUCAUGCUAGUAGGAAAUAAAACAGACCUUGCUGACAAGAGACAAGUGUCAAUUGAGGAAGGAGAAAGGAAAGCCAAAGAGCUGAAUGUUAUGUUUAUUGAAACUAGUGCAAAAGCAGGAUACAAUGUAAAGCAGCUCUUCCGACGUGUUGCUGCAGCUUUGCCUGGAAUGGAAAGCACACAGGACAGAAGCAGAGAAGACAUGAUUGACAUAAAACUGGAAAAGCCUCAGGAGCAACCAGUCAGCGAAGGAGGCUGUUCCUGCUAAUCCCCAUGGCAUCUUCAGCUUUUCUCCAGAAACUCACUGCUUUGGCCCCCUUACUCUUUCAUUGACUGCAGUGUGAAUAUUGGCUUGAACCUUUUCCCUUCAGUAAUAACAUAUUGCAAUUCAUCAUUGCUGCCUGUCUCGUGGAGAUGAUCUAUUAGCUUCACAAGCACAAAAAAGUCAGUGUCUUCAUUAUUUAUAUUUUACCAAAAGCCAAACAAUUCCAGCAUAUUCCAGUGAUAACUUUAAAAAUUAGAUACAUUUUCUUAACAUUUUUUUUCCUUUGUAAUGUUAUGAUAAUGUACUUCAAAAUGAUGGAAAUCUCAGCAGUAUGUGGCUUGGUUAAGGAGCAGUUAGUUGUUCACAGCAGCACUGGCCUACCUACUUGACCUCUUCCUGCUGUUCUACACCUCUCUGUUACCCCAUUCUCUAUUCCUUACCCUCCCUCCUUCUAAACAAACAAGAGGUGGCAAAGGAACAGUUAGACCAAGUCCGUUGGAAUUAUCUUUCAAUUUUAGGGAUACCACUUGCUCUAGGCCUUGGGCCAAGAUGUCCAAAAUUAUUCUUGAGCACUAAUACUAAUUACUUAGACCUUAUUUGAGGUCAAAACUCAACUAUCGUGGUAGGCAGUGCUUGACUAAGAAAAGGGUUCUGGUGCAUCUUCACAAUGAGUCCUAAUGAACAUGCUGAGUACUUACAAGUAGAUAAACAUAAAAUGAAUUUCUGACCAAAACAAACGACCCUUUCACAUAUGCUUUAUUAGACUCUGGGAGAGAAAAGUAAAAGUGCUUCAGAACAGGUUUUUACUAUUUAAUUCUUCUAAUGAAGUAUUUCUCCCAAGAUUUUAAAAUUGUCAAGAUAGUUAUUCUGUUUGUUUAAAAAAAAAAAAACUUUUUUAAGCAAUAGAUUUCUCUUGGGCUUUUCUUUCUCUUUUUGAAAAAUGCUAUGCAGGCAAGGCACUAUAGAAAUCAAAUUCCUUUAAGAAGAACCAGUGGAAGAAUUUAAAUUUGGCACCUUGAUCAAAAUUGCUAUAACCAGUAGAAACAAUAAUAUCUAAAGCUUACCAGCAAAAGAAUCCUCAACAGAAUAGCAAAUACUUUCUUUGCUCAGGACAUUUGAGGUCAAAUUGAAAACGGAAACAGUUUUCUUCUAAGCCCCUAGAGGCAGAUCUGAAAAAGCAGACAUAGAAGAGGGAAAGGAGAGAAUGGAAAUAAAACUCAAUAUUAUACAGAUUUAAGCCUUAUUUUUUUUAGCAUUUUUUUAAUGUUGGGUCUUUCAGGCUGGUUUUGCUUUUUAUUAGAUCUGUAUAGUUUGGUUAAUUAACUAGUGAUUUAGUUUUAUAUUUAAGCUACGAUUAAUCUUUUUUCUUUGGUGAUAUUUAUUUCUUUGCCUUUUUAUUUUAACUACUUUCAAUUUUUAGAUGUUUUGUUCCAUCUAUUUUGAGCUUCAUCACCUUGGCAAUAUGUAUUUCCCUUAAAACACUGCAAACAAAUAUACUAGAAGUGCACCAUUUUAAUCUUUACUAGUUAUUGUGAGAUUGCUGUGUAAGUUAAUAAACACAUUUGUAAAUACAUUGUUUGCAGGAAGGAAAUUUCUGAGUUACAGCUCAGGAAAAGCCUGCUGAAUUUAUGUUGUAAGCAUUACUUAACACAGUAUAAAGUUGAAAAGACAACAAAAAUAUCUUCAUACUUCCUCAUCCCCUCAUUGUAACAAAACCCUUAACUAGGAAACCUUAUUCCCCUCUUUCCUCUUCCUCCUCCACUUCCUACUUAUUGUCACCUUGUAAUAUUCAGAGAGCACUUGGAUUAUGGGUCUGAAUAGAGAAAUGUUUUCAGAUAAUCAUUAGCCCACAUACCAGUAACUUAUACUCAAAGAUGGGGUGGAGUUGUAAAGUGCUUUUAUAAUACAAUAUUAUUAUUAAAGGCAAGGGUUGACUCUUUUGUUUUAUUUUGACAUGGCAUGCCCUGAAAUAAAUAUCAAUUCAAUAUG